AUGCGAUCAAUACUCCCUGUCCCAACUCCGCCUCCCGAAUCAUGUCCCUACUCUCGCGAAUCACACUACCAAGCUUCCGCCGAUGUCAUUCCUCUUCUCAUUGACGAUACAUACCACGUCUUCCACCUCAACACCCCGCCAGUCACAAAGCACCACCCAGAGCGUCUCAGAGCAACAUGGUCGCGGCUCCGAUCAACAAAUCUUAUCGAAUGGGAGCGUGAUCCAGAACCUGUCUUGUCGCCUGGUGAAUCCACCUCUGAUCCAGAUGCCGAUGGUGCUUGGACGGGAUGUGCAGUGCUUGAUCUAGAUCAGCACAUGAACAUCUUUUACACGGGGUAUAACCUGUCGCAAAAUGGUCGUCAGACGAUACUUCGUGCCAAAGCAAAAGAUCUCCAUGGUACGAGGUUUGAGAAAGAUGCAACGCCAGUCACAAUUCAUCCCGAAGGACUCGAUAAGUAUGAGGACAUUGACUUUCGAGAUCCCUUUGUCUUUUAUAACCGUGCCGAAGGUCGAUAUUGGAUGCUUGUAGCUACUCGACUAGCCAAUGGCCCGUAUUGGAGUCGCGGAUGCAUCGCGUUGUUAACAUCGCCGGAUCUCGAAGCCUGGACCGUUGCGCCUGAACCUCUAUACGCCCCCAACGACGUCUUCUGCCCCGAAUGUCCAGAGAUCUUCACACUGCCCAACGGAAAGUGGUAUCUUGUGUACUCGCGCUUCCACGCCCCGAAUGCAGGAACAGUAUAUCGCAUCGCUGACACGCCAUACGGGCCAUUCCGCGUGCCAAGAGAUGGAUCUCAUGGCCGGCUCGACGGUCGCCGUUGGUACGCAGCCAAGUCAUGCCCUAAAGCGGGAGAUCCCGACAAGAGGAUCAGCUUUGGCUGGAUUGGAGACUACGCCGACGAUGAGAAGAAGUGGCUUUGGGGAGGUGAUCUUGGUGUCACUAGAGUUAUGUGGGCAGACACAAACGCUUGUCUGCGCAUUGAUGCCUCUCAAGAAUUCAGGAGUUACAUAUGGCGAUGCUCCAAGCCUGUUUCGCCGAGCAAUGCUGCUCCAAGCUUAUAUCUCUGCUCCCUCGGCACAACAGCGACUCAUUUCCCUGAGCUGGGUUCUGCAGAGUGGAAGAAGGAUCUCAUGGUAGACUUCAAGGUCGCAGCUUGUGAUGCGCAUACUUUUGGCGUCAUGCUCCAGACCGACAGCUCAGGUAAAGGCCAUCGUCUCCAGUUUAACCCGCAGGGAAACGGCUUCUUCUCCGUCGCCCUCAUCACCGACUUUCCACCCCUCGACGACUUCUGGGCAGACCAGUAUCGCAUUUAUAUCCCCCGACCCGUCGACGGUCCCGAGUUAGUUCGACACGAUAACGUCAGUCUCGUCGAUGGAGUCUUCCUCUUUUUGAGGGGUCAGCUCGUCGAGGUCUUCUGCGGAGGACGAGCGCUGAGUUUCCGACUACCUAUACCGCCCAACUGGGCCAGCGGCGAGCGAGACGGUGUGCGCAGAUUGGGAUGGUUUGUGGAAGAUGGUAUGGUUGAUUUAGUUGAUAUUAAUAUGCGGCAUUCGAGGAGCUACAAGGACAACUCAGUUGAGUCUGACAAUGGCCUCGAAGAUGCCGACUGA